AUGAAAAAGGUCUUGCCAAAUUUAAAAAAAGUUAUUGAAACUUUAGAACAAUAUUGUGAAACUGAAACUGCUUUAAACCAAGUCACAGUAAAAGUUAUUACAGCUCUUGAUGGAAUUGCUGAAACUGGAAUGGGAGAUUUUAAUAAAGGAAUUGCUGUUGUUAGAGAAAUUCUUUGUGAUUUGUACAAUGGAAGACAAACAAGUAUCAACCAAGGAACAUCAAUGCUUUUAGACUCUCUUAAAAAAGAAUACACUUCUAGAAGUAAAGAAGUACAACAAUUAUCAACAAGUACAAUAAAAGAAAGAAAAAAAUUUGAUCAAGACUUAUCUAAUGCAGAAAAGAAAACUGCAUCUACUUCUAAUUUUAAAGAAGCUAUGGAAGAGUACAAACGUAUAGAAAAAGAAAGACAAAAAAUUUUAAUGAGUCAUUUACAAGUAACUGUUAUGUCUAAUAGAGCUACUUUUGGUUCUAUUAUUGGAUCAUUUGCUUUAUUCUUUAAAUCUACUGGUAGUUCAUUAACGUCAUCUGGUGAUAAGUUCAUUUCAUACGAGCCUUGGCUUAAUAAAUUAUCAAAGUCUAAGUCUAAUAUCCCUAGAGAGUUACGUGCUUUGAUGACAAAUAAAAAACAAAGUUAUGUAAAUCUUUCUGGUAUCUCUAGUGAAUUGAAACAAAUCUUAAAAUCUGCUCGUUUAAAACCUUCUCACUUAGCGAAUAAAGAAAUAGUUACUCAACUUUAUAUCACUAUUAAACAAAUGGUAGAUGCUGGUCAACUCCCUUCUGACUUAUUAGAUCAAUUGAAAACAACUGGAAAUGUUGACGAGCAUGUUCUUCAACAAACUCAAACUGCUCGUAAACCAGCUAAAACAGGAUGGGUAAGUGCUCGUGUCCCUGGCAAAGGAGGUUCUAAAUCAAAGUCAAAUUCACAGCCUUCUCAAAAAGCUACAUACAACCAACAGCCAACUCAGUCAUUUAAUGCACCGCCACCGCCUCCUCCUUCAUACGGUGGACAUCAUAACGUUCCACCACCACCACCUCCUGCAUCUUAUGGAGUUCCACCACCACCACCUCCUGCAUCUUAUGGAGUACCGCCACCACCUCCUCCUGCAUCUUAUGGAGUACCGCCACCACCUCCUCCUGCAUCUUAUGGAGUACCGCCACCACCUCCUCCUGCAUCUUAUGGAGUUCCACCACCACCUCCUCCAGCACGUGGUACAAGUUCUGGUGCACCUCCUCCUCUAAAUGCACCACCACCACCUCCUCCUCUUAACGCACCACCACCACCUCCUCCUCCAGCACGUGGUACAAGUUCUGGUGCACCACCACCACCUCCUCCAUCUUUGAAUAACCCACCAUCUAAUAUAUCUACACCUAAAGUCUCUGCACCAUCUCUUCUAGACCAGAUCCGUGGAGGUACAUCUCUUAAGAAAUCUACUGAUAGAGUCCUUCAACCACCAAAAGAAGAAUUAACAGCUCAACAAAAAGGAGAUUUAACCUCAUUGCUAUGUGGUGUCAUGGCUAAUAGAAGAAAAGAUAUUGCUGAUGAUGAAUAUGAAGAAGAUGAUGAUUCAUCAGAUGAAUGGUCAGAAUAA